AGUAAGAAAAGAAACGGUUUGUGUGUGUUUGUGUGCGUGUGUGCAUUUCGGCGAAGGUAAUCAUUAUUGGCAAAUUGUCACAGUUCCAAUUCCAGCAAAUACCGGUACCUUAUUCCGAUAGGGAAUAAUGGGCUAGCGAAAAGGGCAGCAAUUGUGUGUAAUCUGGCAAAACCGUCCGGGAAACGUCGCAAGGUUUCGAACGAAAGGGGAAACAACAAAACGGUCGUCCAGACCACGUGCGGGGGAUGAAGUUUUUGUGUUUUGUGAUUUGAUAUGUGAUAUGAUGUGCGAAGGUGCGUGCUGUUGGGAGCUUCUUGAAAUUUCGUGCUAGAGGGCAGGUUGGCCUCUCCUCUGUUCAAGGUACCAGGCACAAGUGCAUGUGGGUAUGUGAGUGAAAGUGUCCUGAAAGAAGAGCCCCAAAAUAAGCGGAAUUCGUCGAAUUCUUCCACGUAGUGUGUUGCGAAGGAGGUGCAUUUUUCGAAGCAAAUCGCGUGAGAGGUAACCGGAAAGGUUGGUUCCCUAUUCUGAACGCCUUGUCCGAGCACUGGGGUGGGACAGCUGAACCGUACGCGCUGUGUUCGUGUUGCAUGAUGACGGUGGCCAAGUUGGUGGUUUGACGAGCUUCUUCUGCUUCUUGGCCGGGUGUGAUUCUUCUCCUACUCGCUGCUUGGAUCCGUCGCGGCGUAAUUCCGUUCCGUGCUUGUGGCCACGGUGUUGGAUGAGGCGCGUGUGUGUGUAUGUGCGGAACAGCGACGGCAAAGGGGUCCCUCCACGCACUCGCACACAUACACAGAACGACGACGACCGUCACCGCAGCCGGUUCAGAUGUGCUGCGAGCUUGCGGCGCCCAGGGUGCUUGGCGUGAGAAAUCCCAUCUGAACGCGAGUGAGUGAGUGCGAGCGAUAGAGAGAGCGCGCGCGCGAGAGAGAGAAGGAGAUAGCAGGGCAAAGCGUAACCGGAGGGGAACGGACGUACACAACCGUUCACAGCAGGUGGAGGAGAACGGGCACAGAGGGUGCGUCGCGUGGCCUUCGGUUUCGUUCCCUUUCCCGUCCGGUGAACCGUGUACGCGCACCGCACCGUUCGCGCGUCGAGGCCAUCGGCGUCAUCGGUCGUCGUUGUCGUGGUCGGUUUUCGGGCCCCGUGGUCGUCGAAUCGUGUCGGUCGGGCGUCCAACACCCCUUUUGUGCCGUUGGCCGCCUGCCGCCUACCGUCCUCCAUUUUACCCGGCCGCGCUAAGCCUGUGUGCGUCGCGCGACACGCUGGUGCCCGCGCGUUUAUCUCGCUCACGGGGCGAACUAAGCAAGGGGGAAAAAACAACAACAGACGGGUGUGCGACGUGCGGUGUGCGUGUGUGUGACGUCGCGCUCUGCCCAGCCCGACCAAACCCACUCCACGUGUGCUCCAUCAACCAUUCGGGCCAUACCCGGGCCGCCCUGACUCCCGACUGGGUGCCACCGGCCGAGGGCAAUGGCGGACGAAUUAUUUAUCGUCGAGCCCCAUCGCCGCUGGAGUGGUGCGUCGUCGUAGGUUCCCGGGGAAUUGCCGUCCCCCGUUGACUCCUGAAGAAGGUGGCAUUAAAGCAAACACGAAAAAACCGACGGUCACCGACAACGGCAACUCUCCAGCCUCCUCCGCAGAAAAAGUGUACCACACAACAACAACAACAAAACGGGGUGGAGGACAUCGAGAACAUUCAGUUGACGCGGUUGCAUCGGCCAUAAGACGCGGUAGCGUUUAGUUUUGGGUUUGGAGUUUGGUGUACAGCGAGCAAAAGAGGCGAGCAAGUGAAAGUGAAACCUCCUCACAACAUAUUUGGCGAGACUGUGAGAAGUACUCACAAGGAGGAGGUGUGCGCGUAUGACUAAAGUGAAUAUUUUGCGUUAUUGUUUUUCUUUUUUGAAAAGAAUACUGUCGCUGCUGCACUGCCGGCCGAGAAGAAUUGAGGAUUAGACAGUGCGUCCAAACGAAACUGUGUGCUUACUAUCUGCAAUAUCCGCACGAUGGCAGAGCUGAAGCAGGAACCGCUGUCAGAACUGGAAGAGCUGAAGCGAGAAGAUGGAGAAGAUUCACCGCGAGUUCUACCGGCUGCUUCUCCGGCGGAUACGUCGGAAGACACCACCGACAAGGGACAGGACGACGGUGCGUCCUGUUCACCGGCACGCGAGUCGGCGGAAGCUGGCGGGAACGAUGAAUCAAAGGCAACAGUCAAACAAGAAGCAGAAAUAGCAGAAGAUGAAUCUACACCGAACAGUGAAGCGGAGGAAUCGGCAGCGGAGGAGGAAAGCGUGAAACAGGCAGUUGGUGAGAAGGUAGCAGCAGCGGCAGCACCAGAAGAAUCAUCAAUUCCGAAGCAAGAAAUCGUGUCGAACGAAACGGUGCCGGUGAAGGAGGAGGGCGAAACAAAGGAACCUACACCACCGGUAACCAUGGAGAUGCAGCAGACGGUCGUGCCUGGUGAUGACGGCGGUGGUGUGGAUGACGCGAACAGUGAACCAAAGGUAACGGAGCUGAAAGGCGAAAGUCGAAAACGGUCGCAGUCUGAACAUAGUAGGCGUAGCAGGAGCAGUAGCAGCAGCAGUACCAGCAGCAACGGAAACAGUACGAGCGCGGGAGGUCGUAGUAACACUAGCAACAGUGGCGGUACCAGCAGCCAGUGCAGUAGCAACAGCGAUAGUGAGGGUGUCAGUGCGGCGAAAAAGGUGAAAUUGGAACCGGUGCUGGAGGAACCGUCGUCGAAGCGAGCGGAAGAGGAGGAAAAGGAGGAGGAGGACCAAGAGAAGACUGAAACGGUGCAAGGGGUUAGGAUGGACGAGGAUCGUCGGGCCAUGUCAGAAUCAUCCCGGUGCGCCGAGGAGGACGAAAGGAAGGACCAAGAGACAGCAAUAGCUGGCCCGGAAGAGCAACCCAUUUCGAGCGGAUCGUUAAACCUGGCAAAGGAAACGAAAACCUGCUCACCGUCAGCACCGGCUUCUCCCGCCGAGUGCUCGUCCAUCCAUGAGAAAGCAAUGCCGAAAAUGGAACAGCAGCCGCAGAACGGCCGCGAGGAAGGAAACAGUCCAGAACCGUUGUUACUUCCACCGCCCCCACCACCACCACCAGCACCCGCAUCAAUGCCCCGCAUUGAGACGGAGGUGGCGCGUGUGGCGGUGGGUGGGAAGCUAUCCAUCGUGGCACCGAUACUGGAACGACCGGAUUCGGCCCGGCUGACGGCAGACCUCCAAAGCUGCCAGCGCCAGCUAGCCGAGGUACGCUCGAAGUACGACGUAACGCGCAAGGAACUGCACGCGACCAAGCGCAAGCUGAAACGCAUGUCGGUACGGUUGGGCACGAUGACGGGUGGCGUUGGUGGGUCGUCGGUUGCCCCCGGCGGCGGUACGGUCGGCAAUGCGUCGCCCCAUCCGGUAGCCGUCGGACCGGCGGACGAGGACCGCAACCGGAAAUGGCGCGAACCGAUGAUAGUGGCAGCGAUGAAAAUCAAGACAGCGAUGGGCAUCCAGGCGUACAAGUCGCUGAUCAAGGACGGUGAGCUGCUGCUACCGAGCCUCCGUACCAUCACCCGCUAUCUGGAGUCGCUGCGCAAGGCGGGCGGUGGGGCGGCGGCGGCGGCGGCCCUGGCGAAUGCUGGCACCGCUGCCACCAAGCUGACCGCCCCGAUCGAGGUGGAUGACGUGCCGGAAGAGGAAGACGACGAGGAGGACGAGGAGGAAGAGGACGGUGCGGUGCGGGGGUUGGACGGUGUGCUACAGCGACGGUUGGAUCAUGCGGGCGGGAAGCGAAAACAGGCGAAGGCCAAUGGGGGCGGUACGGGGCGGACGGUCGAUCACAAUCGGAACGAGCAGCGGAGACAUCCGGCGUACAGUGCCCACCGCCAUCCGGCGCAGGAUGUGCAGCUGCAGGACAUUAAGACGGAGCAGGAUCCCGUCAGCUUUACCGCAUCACCGGAUAUAAACUACUACCAGCACAAUGCGGACGAUGAUGAUGAUGAAGAUGAGGAUGGAUACCAAGAUCCGACUUCCCUGCUGGAGGAAAGCCGAUAUGGGGAAGCUGGUGGAAUGCAUUUGAAUGGUGAAGACGGAGGCUAUCACUACGGCCAGCAAGGACAGCAACCGCAGCAGCAGCAAACUCUAUCGCAGGCACAGAUCGAGUUCCUCAAGUCGAUGGUAGGCUUCCGGAAGAAAUGGACACCGUACGAGCUGCGAACAUGCAACGACAUCCGGCGCAUCAUCGGGAGUCGGGAGUAUGAAUCAUUGCGCCGGAAGGACGGUAUGCCACUGCCCAGUGUGAAGACCCUGCGGAAGUACCGUCACGCAGCCCACCUGCCGGACGGUGUGGAUGUCAUGGGUCGGAAGCGUAAGCUGAACGAGUUGGACGACUCGCCCCCCAAUCAAUCGCGCACGGUACCACGAUACGGAUCGGGGGGAGGCGGUGCAGAGCCCGGUACCGGUGCGACGAACAAUGGUUCCGGUGUACUAUUUCCGUUCGGCAACGAUACAGAUAAGGAGUUGCUCAAGCCGGAACACGAUCCCGAUGGUGGUCAUUUCGAUGUGAGCAUACUAACGCUGCCACAGAUAAGUUUCCUGCAAACGCUGACGAUGAAUACGAAGGGGUUUUCCGAUUACGAGCUGCAGCGAUCGCUUGAACUGAAGAAUGAGCUUGGCAGUGGUAACUAUGAAACGCUGCGGAAGCAAGAGUUUCUUAACAUUCCUACGCUGGCAAUGUUAACGCGCUAUGAACAGGAUAACGGGCUUGAAGAUCUUUCACGUCUGAACGGUCGCCGAGCUGCUGGCACCGGUCGGAAGCGCCAUAAAUCAGACGAGUCAGCGAUUGAGUUGCUUUACGAGGAGGAAGAGCGGAGAAACCGAGAGGAGCAACAGGCGCGCGAACAUCAGCAGCAAGAGCAGGAGCAGGAGCAGCAGCGACAACUGGAGCUAUACAACCGGUUGACACAGGCGGAUCCGUCGCGCCAUCCGCUGUUCGAUAGUAUCGCCGGAGAUGCCUCUCCCAUCGAGGGUGUAGAUCCGGCGUUAACAGCGGCCGCUAUUGCAUCGGCAAUGGCUGCAGCAGCCGCAGCUGGUUUACAUCAUCCGCAACUGGACCACCUGAACGGCAGUACGGCCGGUGGCGAAGAUUCGUCGAUGAGCAUGUUCGAACAUCACUCGAUCUUCGACAAGGACACACCGAUGUUCGACAUGACCAAGCUGUCGCCGGCACACGUCGAGUUUCUUAACACACUGCCCGAGAAUCCGAAGCGAUGGACGCAGGAGAUGAUCAAUUCGGCACUCGAUAUCAAGAACGAAAUCGGCACGCGAGAUUACGAAAUUCUGCGUCGACAGGGAAUUCCGCUACCAGCGGCCCGAACAUUACGACGGCACAAGGACAUUCGCAACAAGGCAGAUCGGGCGAUGAGCGAAACGGGUGAAAUUUUGCCCGGUAGUGGUUCCACCACACCUGCAGCAGGUGUUGUGGGCGGUAGUGGAUAAAUGUAUCGUUUGUCUCGAAUUUUGUCCCCGCUUCUUGGUAGGUUGCUCGUAGAAAAGUCGCCCGUUUAAUUGAUGCGUGAGAGUAAGAGAUACAGACGGGGCGAAUGAGUAAAUGUACCUGUGCCAGAUAUAUUUUAGUUUCAUGGAAUAACCAAGUGCAACGGUAGAAUAGCAAAUAUGCUCGCAGAAUAGUAAAGAAUGGCACAAGAGCAGGAGAAGAAGAGUUUUUGGACAGUUAAAGAUCCGUGUCGGACCUGAUCACAUCUAAAUGUUCUGAAGCCAUACGCCAACGUUUUACUUUGUUGUGAUUAUUGGAAUGUCGUCGGAUUUACGCUAUUAGCAUAUCAUUAAAUUGUAGUCAGAAACCAGAAGAAGCCGAUACAGUUUCUUCUGUAUAGACCGUGAUUAUUUUACUUAAACUUUACAAAAAUUCCUAUCCAAGCAACCUAUCUUGAGUAGUGUAUAAUGAAUGAUGAAAUGAAACGUGGUUGAUGGUAGUCAAAAAGCAAAUAAAAUAGGUAAAGCUGCUUGCCCGUUUGUAACUAGCCGGAUGAAGGUCUGACAUCCAACCAAAUACAUGGAACGGUUCCAUGCGGCAACUCAAUUAGUGUAAAUAUUUAGCUUUAUACGUGGUAGAUGUUAUCAGGCACAAGCAAGGAAUAAUCAAUAGGAUAUGCGUCCUUCAUGAGCAAUUACGAAACGAACUAUUACAGAAGUCAAAACACAAAACGAAGUAGUUUAUCGAAGAUGUUAAGCAAGACAUAACUCAAACACGCUGCCAACCUACGACGUGUGCCAGAAAGGAAGAGCGAAUCGGUGGUGCAUGCACAUGGAUGGAAAUCUCACCUGUACAGAAUUUUAACUCUAGAUGUGUAUUAAUGCAAAACGUUUCAUCGUAACGAGAGUGUACAUAUUUACGUAAAAGCACCUUGCUCCGAUAUUCGGCUAUUUUCUUUGACCUUAUCUUAUUGGAUGGAAACAAUCAAUGGAAGAAUGCGUUUACCUUUGAGACCCACAAAAUAAUGUUACAGAAUAAAUCGUGAACGAUAUCGAGGUUCGGAAUGAA